AUGCUGCUUCACGACCGCAGCCCCGAUGCCUCUCCCUUCAACGGAGCGUCGCAACAACGACAUUACGCCUUCAACAAGUCAUACAAUUCCGACAUGUCAAUGGCAUCCUCCAUGCCAAAUUCCAGCAUCUCCAAGUCGCUUCUGUUUGCGUCGCCUGCUCCUGCGCAGCCCUCCAGGCAUGAACGACAGCAAUCUUACUCUCCGUCGGCCUCCCUCAGCUCCAUCCCCUCUCAUGUGCGAACGCAAUCUCUGCAGCGUCAGUCAAGCGCCUCCAACACUUUCGCGCCAAAGUUCAUCAAGUCGGAGGAGAUGAGGAAAAGCGAAGAGAGGAUCUCGGCGAUCGAAGGGGAGAAUGAUUUCUCGGGCAAACGAUAUGUCUGGGUCAAGGAUCCUGAAAAGGCAUUUGUGCGUGGUUGGAUUACAGAAGAUCUUCCUGGGAAUAGAGUUCUUGUUCAAUUUGACAACGGCUCCCAAAUAGAGACCGAUGUCGACGAGGUGGAUAAGGUCAACCCGGCCAAAUUUGACAAAGCAGACGACAUGGCCGAACUCACGCAUCUCAAUGAAGCUUCGGUGAUUCAUAACCUCCUCACACGGUACCAGGCGGAUCUCAUAUACACUUACUCGGGACUCUUUUUGGUUACCGUCAACCCUUACUGUCCACUACCUAUUUACGGCAACGAUUAUGUGAGGAUGUACAAAGGCCAGGCGCGAGAAGACACACGUCCACAUAUCUUUGCUGUGUCCGACGCCGCAUUCCGUCGAUUGGUAGAAGAGGGGGAGAACCAGAGUAUCUUGGUGACAGGAGAGUCCGGGGCUGGCAAGACUGAAAACACGAAAAAAGUCAUACAAUAUCUGGCUGCCGUCGCAACAUCCGAUCUUGAUACGCCGUUGACUGGAAGGGCUCCCGGGAAACAGCUCUCCAAUCUUUCUCAGCAAAUCCUUCGCGCCAACCCCAUCUUGGAAUCUUUUGGUAAUGCCCAAACGGUCAGAAACAACAACUCGUCGAGAUUUGGCAAAUUUAUUCGAAUUCAAUUCACUCGAUCUGGCCAAAUUGCAGGUGCUUUCAUUGAUUGGUACCUCCUUGAGAAGUCAAGGGUGGUCAAAGUCAGUCAACAGGAACGCAGUUACCACGUAUUCUACCAGCUCCUGGCGGGAGCUAGCCAACGAAUGAGAGAUGCCCUGUUGAUCUCCGGGAUGGAUGUGGAGGACUUUGCUUAUACAAGAGCUGGGAAUGACACCAUCGGUGGCGUUUCCGACCGUGAUGAGUGGAAUACAUUGAUCGAAGCCUUCCACAUCAUGAACUUUUCCGACAAGGAACAGAUGGCCAUUUUCCGGACGAUGGCGGCAAUCCUGCAUCUGGGAAAUGUCGCCGUUCGACAAGAAAGCAGAGCGGCGGAUCAAGCUUCACUGACUCCAGAAGCCAAAGCAUCGGUGGACAAGGCCUGUCAAUUGUUGGGGGUUCAGACGGAGCCAUUCGUCAACGGCCUUCUGCAUCCAAAGGUUAAAGCUGGACGGGAAUGGGUGGAGAAAGUGCAAACUCCCGAGCAAGUCCGGUUGGCCCUUGACGCUCUAUCAAAAGGUAUCUAUGAACGUGGCUUUGGAGAUCUGGUCUCCAAAAUCAACACCCAACUUGACCGGGGGGGAGUCAGCAGUGAUGACAGUCACUUCAUCGGAGUUCUCGAUAUUGCUGGGUUUGAGAUCUUCGAGACCAACAGCUUUGAACAACUCUGCAUCAACUACACCAAUGAGAAAUUGCAACAAUUCUUCAACCACUACAUGUUCGUCCUGGAACAAGAAGAAUACGCGCGAGAGCAAAUCGAAUGGCAAUUUAUCGACUUCGGAAAGGACCUUCAACCCACCAUCGACCUGAUAGAGCUGCCCAACCCGAUUGGGAUCUUCUCCUGUCUUGACGAAGACUCUGUCAUGCCCAAAGCUACAGACAAAUCUUUCACAGAUAAAUUGCACUCGCUGUGGGAGAAGAAGACGCCCAAAUAUGCACCUGCCCGUACUAGGCAGGGCUUCAUUCUGACGCACUAUGCGGCCGAGGUUGAAUAUUCCACGGAAGGUUGGCUUGAAAAGAAUAAGGAUCCUCUCAACGACAAUCUCACUCGGCUUCUCGCAGCUUCGAAAGAUGAACACAUUAGCAGCCUUUUCGGCGAUUAUGUCGACGAAAUGGAUGAGCCAUACAGCCCUCGCAGUCGUGUCAAGAAAGGCCUAUUUCGAACGGUCGCGCAGAGACACAAAGAACAGUUGACCAGCUUGAUGAGGCAGCUGCACUCCACACAACCCCAUUUCGUUCGAUGCAUCCUUCCGAAUCACAAGAAGAAACCAAAGCAAUUCAAUGCUCCGCUGGUUCUGGAUCAAUUACGCUGCAAUGGUGUGCUGGAAGGUAUUCGAAUAGCUCGCACCGGAUUCCCCAACCGUUUGUCCUUUGCGGAAUUCAGGUCGAGAUACGAGGUUCUAUGUGAAAAUAUGCCGAGAGGAUACCUGGGGGGCCAAGAGGCGGCAAAGAUCAUGCUUGAUCGGCUGAAGAUGGAUCGAUCCAAUUAUCGAGUGGGUCUGACAAAAGUUUUCUUCAGAGCAGGUGUGCUCGCCGAUCUAGAAGAACAGCGGGAUAGUCUGAUCCGGGAUAUCAUGUCCAGGUUUCAGUCUCGUGCUCGAGGUUUCACGCAGCGACGUCAGGCUUUCAAGCAGCUUUAUCGUGCCGAGGCCACUCGGGUCAUCCAACGGAACCUCAACGUCUACCUUGAUCUUCAAGCCAACCCAUGGUGGCGGUUAUUGGUUCGGAUGAAGCCUUUGUUGGGAGCAACUAGAACGGCGAGCGAAGUAAAGAAGCGGGAUGAAAAGAUCGAACAACUACAAGCGAAAAUGAGACAAGAUGCGGCGGAGAGACACCGAGUUGAGGAUGAGCGAAGACGUGCCGAAAUUGAUGUUCAACGAAUCCAGCAGACUCUGGAAGCUGAACGAGCUCUGGCUCUUGACAAGGAGGAAAUAUUCAAGAGACUGCAAUAUCGUGAGAGCGAACUGACCGAGAAGCUGUCUGAAGCGAUUGCGGAACAAGAAACCCUGGAAGAUCAACUGGACGAGGCAAUGGUUUCCCGAAAGAAGGCUGAAGAAGAGCUUAGCACUCGACGGGAACAAGUCCUCCAGGCCGGACAAAUCAUAACUCGACUAGAAGCAGAAAAAAAGGACCUUCAGCGUCAGGUGGACAAGCUGGAAGACGAGCUCGAAAAUGUCGAAAAGACACACUCCCAGAAUGAUGAUCGGCUGGAAACAAUUAGUCGUGAGCUCCGGACGUUAAAAACUCAGUUGGGAGUGAAAGACCAGAAAAUAUUCGACCUCGACACCAGUCUAAAGCGAGCUGAAAAGGACAAGGAAGAUCGUACCACAAGUCUGGAGCAAGAAUUGCGAUCUUUGAGAAGCCAACUCACACAACGAGACAGAGCGACGGAGGACUUGGAAAAGAAGCUACGCAGAGCUGAGUCUCUGCGUGCCGAGGACAAUAAGCGUCACACUGAGGAUCAUGAAUCCCAAAUCCGAGUGCUGAGAAGUGAAUUGAAUAACAAAGAUCGAAAGAUGCAGGAACUCGAAGAUGACCUUUCCAAGAUGGACAAAGAGGCCGAGACCAAGUUGACGAAUACGAGCCACGAACUGACAAUAACGAAGAAGCUGUUGAGAGAGCUUCAAGGCCAGAAUGAUGAGCUUCGCAAGCAAGUCACGUCAAUGUCGAUGACGUCCUCAAAACAUGAAGAAGCCCUUCGUCGCAAGGAGGGUGAACUGUCAGCUCUGAUGGCUGAUGUCCAGCAACAUGAACGGGAAAAGUCGGGCCUACGAGAAGAGAAUGAUGCUCUCGCGGGACGACAUGAAAGUAUGCAGGCCAAGCACAGAGAGUUGCAAGGAGAUCUGGAUAACUUGAGGGCGCAGAGAGCAAGGAUGGAGAGAGAAGCGGCGGAAGUACGGAGAUGUUUGGAACGAGUCAUGCCAUUUUUUACGCAGAACUUUUCGUGA